AUGCAGAGGAUGCCGCGCGCCCUGGCAGGCGCCAUGGUGGCGUCAGUGCUUCUCGCAGGAGCGACUCUGCUGAUCAUUGUUCCUUCCUCCUUUGCUCCUGAGCAGGAUGAGACAGAGCUGCUGCUGAAGGUUGACCUCGAAGCACACGAACCCUACUCUCCUCCCCCGAACAUGUACCUGUGGUGGGGGCCCUCCACCAACCACAGGUUUGUGGGCAGCGGAGAGCACAUUAGGCAUCUUCUGCACAUGGGCCAGGUUGAAGGAGGAGAAUGGAGGGACCCCAUGUUCCUGGGCAACAACGGAGUGGCUACUUUCCGCUCGCAGCGUUUCCGUAAGAUCAGCGAGACCUGCUGCAGUACCAUUGUUGUCCCGCCCAUGGAGUGGGACUUUCCGGUCUACAACACGCACAAGAUGAUUGGGCAGAGGAUCAGGAACUUCGUUGCCAACGGCAACAUGCUUGUCCUCACGGGUGGCAUCCUGGCUGUUGAGUUCAUCAACUCCUACUUCUUCUACAACAUCGAACUCGCGGACGGCAACUACAGCCCUGGUCCUUAUCGCAGGCUCAAGGACAUCCCAGAGUGCAUGAUGCAAGGGCCGGAAGUUCUCCCGCAGAAGGGCAUCUCAGUGACCGCUGUGAAGAAGGACUCCUUGCCUUCGGGGACUGAGGUGCUGUGGGGAACCCCCCGGUCAAGCCCUGUCUUCAUGAUCAAGUUCUGUGAAGCGCAGAGCCCCGACGAGGGCAUGCCGCCCACCAAGGUGCUCCCUCGUGACUGCCCACUGGCGGAGAAAGACGGCAGGCCAUGCUCUUGCGGUUACAUCAUGUACAUCGGGUACAACUACCAGGAGCAGUACCCCACUCGAUGGGACCGAGUCCUCAGGGGAGCCGUUGAGAUCAUGAGCCCUUCAUACAGAACCCCCGCAGGAGGAUACAAGGCGAACAAGGAGGUGGUGAUCCCGGGGACCCCUCCCUGCCUGCAGAAGGGCAACAAGAAGUUCGACUGGCCCAACACCGGUGCCUACAGCAGCAGCAAGGUGUCCCAGGAGAACCUGGCUUCCAAGGCCGAGGAGAAGAAGGGCUCGCGCGGAAGAGUUUCGAAGGCUCUGGUGCAGGCCGAUCAGAAGAUCGAUGCCCAACAGCAGGAGAUUGACGCUCUUGAAAAUCAGGUUCGAACUUUGUCUCAGCAGCGGGACGAGGCUGCCAUGCGACGCAGUGGGAGGGCUUCGAGUGAGAGUCUGCAUCAGCUCAAGAGCCAGGCUCAUCAGCUCCUUCAUGAAGUCCAUGAGCGAGAGGCCAGACGCAGCCGCAAGGACAACACUGAAGCCUCCUUGGUCAAGGCAGUGUCAACCCUUUCAGAGGACGUGAAGAGCAUUGAUACCAAGAUGAAUCAUCUCACUAAGAUCGUUUCUUCCCGACACAAGAAGGUUGUUGACAAGUAUGGGAUCCCCAAUGGGAACGCAUAG